AUGCUCAAAUUGGGAGAGUAUGAAAAAUUCCCGAUUUACGUUGUGAAUUCAUCUGGGAGUGAUCGAUACAACACUAUAAGGGCUUUACAAAAUGUGAAACCAGUUGUGAUCAUUAUGUACAAUACGGAUCUUGCUGUUUUAAGACAAGUUGAGCUAUAUCAUGCACUCAAUAGUGAAUACUGUCUUUAUUUUUACUUGUUACAGUAUGCGGAAUCGACAGAGGAAGAGAGAUAUCUAAGCCUCUUGAGUCGAGAAAAUGAAGCUUUUUCAAAUUUGAGAAAUGAAGUCGAGAAUUUGCUAGUCAGUAGAGAGUACGAUACAAUCAGAGAAGAAGCCCCAAGACUAUCGGUUUCGACUUUGAAUGCCGGUGGAUUUGAGGAAGGAACAUUGCCUCCACCCAAAAUUAUCGUUGAUAUGCGAGAAUUUAACAGUGAAUUGCCAACGAUUUUAUACAAAAAGGGCUAUGAUGUGGUGGCUGCAACACUCGAGGUUGGUGAUUACGUUUUGUCGCCGGGAAUGACCGUUGAAAGAAAAGCUCUCGAUGAUUUGACCCAAUCUUUGCAAAGCGGUCGUGUGUUUAAACAAACUGAACAGAUGCUCAGACAUUAUGGAUCGGCCUUUUUGUUAAUUGAGUCAAACAUGCGUUUUGAGCUAAAAAUCGUCAAUGGAGGGCCAUUUCAGCUUAAUGCCUCCGAUCCGGAUGUCGAAAAAGCAAUAGCGCUUCGUGGUGACGAUGUGAAUGAAGAUGAUGAUCAAACGAAUCGAAACAAUGGCAAACUAAAUACAACUCUUUUACAUCACUUAUCGGAAAAAUUGCCCAAGUUCAACAAGACUUUGGCUCAAAAACUGAUGAUCUCGGAUACACCUGAAAAGAAAAGCGAGCGCGAGCAAAAAGAUUUCGCUACAAAUAAUCCUCGUAUGUUCAUCCCGUCGGUGCCGCUCAGG